CGGGGCGACGGCUGAUCUCGUUUUCCCCGCCUUGUCCCUCAUGAGGGCCUGGCGCGGGAUGAGGCGGGCCGCCUUCUCCGCCUUCUCCUCCGGGAAUGGGGCGGUCCCCGGCGGCAGGCCUCGGAGGCGGGCGUGGGAGACGUCGCUGUCGCCGCUGGAGCGGGUGAGGCGGCUGCUGCCGCCAGAGGAAGCGGCGUCUGUGGGGCGGUGUGCGGCCGCCCCUCAGGAGAUGAGGACGGACGGCCCUCAGGAGAUGAUGGAGGCGGCCGGCCCCGAAGCGGCAGGAGCGCGUCCCAGCCCUUUCCGCGCUGGGGAGCUGGCGCUGGCGGAGAUGUGGAAGAAGCACAACACGACGGUGAAGCUGAUGUGCCGGCUGGCGGCGGGGGCGGUGUUGGCUAGCUCCGGUGGCCUCCUGCCCCAUCGCCACAUCAUCGGGCAGCUCCCCGGGCAGCUGCUGCGCACGUCGGCUGGCCGGCAGCUGCUGCUGAGGCGGCCCUCGCUGGAGGAGUACGUGCUGCUGAUGCCGCGGGGGCCCACCAUCGCUUACCCCAAGGAUAUCAGCGCUAUGUUGAUGAUGAUGGAUAUCCACCCGGGAGACACUGUUUUGGAAAGUGGCAGCGGGUCUGGCGCUAUGAGCUUGUUUCUGUCAAGAGCAGUUGGGCCCAAAGGACAUGUUAUAAGUUAUGAAAUCAGAGAUGAUCAUCAUAAUUUAGCUAAGAAGAAUUAUAACCACUGGCGUGCUGCAUGGAAAAUAGGGCAUAUGGAAGAGUGGCCAGAUAAUGUAGAAUUCAUUCUUAAAGACAUUUCAACAGCUGCUGCGGAUAUGAAAUCUGUAACACUUGAUGCAGUAGUUCUGGAUAUGCUUAACCCUCAGUCUGCUCUGCCUGUUGUACACCCAAGACUGAAACAGGGUGGGGUGUGUGCUGUCUAUUUAGCAAACAUCACACAGGUUAUUGACCUUUUAGACAGAAUACGGACCUGCAAAAUCCCUUUUUUGUGUGAAAGGAUCAUUGAGGUAACUCAUAGAAAUUGGUUGGUACUCCCUGCUAAAAUCAAGAAUUGCAAAUCAAGCCAAACAGUUGAAAUGCAGGAAAAUUCUGAAGAACCACCUCAAAAGGAAUAUGAAGAAAUCCACACUCAGGAUCAAGUAGUUCUUAAAGAACGUGAAGACUAUGAAUCACUUUCUGACAAUGCUGAAACAUACUGCUCUGUGCCUUAUGUUGCUAGACCAUCUUAUUGGCAGGAUGCUCACUCAGCAUUCCUUACCAAGCUGAGAAAGAUUCAACCACUGCUUUCUUGAUGCUACUGAGAUGUUAGCUGCUAAUUUGAGUAUGGGUAUCACAAUAAAAUAAAAUGUUACAAAGUAGCUGCCA